AUGUCUAACCAUUUACAGUCUAUUAUUUCUGCUUAUGUUGAUGAUAAAAAUAUAGAAGAGUUAAGUGAAGAUGAAAUAUUAGAAGAAAGUUUUCAAAAUAUGAUAGAAAUUGAUGAUGAUGAUAUACUAGAAGAAGAUUCUCAAUGCAUAAUAAAAGUUGCUGAUAAUAAUGAUAUAUCAGAAGAUAUUGAUAAUGAUGAUGUUAUAUUAGAAGAAAGUUCUCAAAGCAUUAUAGAAGUUGACAGUGAUGAUAAUGUAUUAGAAGGAAGUUCUCAAAGUAUGAUAGAAGUUGAUAACGAUGGUAAAGAAAGUUCUCAAAGUAUUAUAGAAGUUGAUAGUGAUAAUGAUAUACUAGGAGAAAGUUCUCAAAACAUGAUAGAAGUUGAUUAUAAUGAUAAAGAAAGUUUUCAAAGUAUUAUAGAGGUUGGUAGUGAUAAUGAUAUACUAGGAGAAAGUAAAGAAGAUAUAUUAAAAAUAAUAAAAAUUAUCACAAAAAAACUUUCUAAGCAAUAG